AUGUUUCCCGCCUCCUUUUCCGACCCCGGACCACCCCCCGCGCGCCGCGACUCCAACACGCCCUCCACCUACCAGCAGCAGCUCCUCCUCGCGCAGCAUCAAGCCGCGGCCCAACAGCAACAACAACAGCAGCAACAACAGCAGCAACAGGGGAUGGUAAACAUGUUUCCGACACAGGCGGGGCACCAGCUGGACCUCAACCACCUGUGGCAGCAGGUGCAGGAGCUGAGCGCGAUUCUGGCCGCGAACAGAGAUACUACGCAAGGGCUGGUGAGGAGGGCGGAUGAGAUUAGGAAUAGACCAGAUUUGGUGGAUGUGGCCGCAGGAGGAGCAGCAGUCAAUGGGGUCAAUGGGGUUAAUGGAACAACACAAGCAGAUCUCGAAGCCACCAACCAAACGCUCCGCGCCGAGAACGCCGAGCUCCGCGCCGAGAACGAGGACCUCUCACUGCUGGCCCAGGACUACGAGAGCGUGCUUGAAAAGGUUCUCGAAGGCCUUCGAGUCUACGCCCGCGACCACGCCGCAUCGACAAUCAACAUCCACCAGACCUACACAAACCAGCUCAACUCUGAGCGGGCCCAGAAUGCACAGCUGCGGCAGCACGAGACGGAUAAUCAGAUGCGCCUGGCGACGAUAAGUAAGCUGCUCAGGGAGGCUUAUCGCGACGAGGGCGGGGAGGGGUUGGAGGUGGUGGUGGAGGCCCUGAAGGUCGAGAAUAGGGUGUUGAGAGAGGCGCUGGGGUUGCCUGUCAGUGGUGAGGAUGGGGAGGAGGGGGGUUCUUCUUCUUAG